CAGAAGUACUGGCCGCAAUUGAAGCUCUUACAUGGGCUUUAUCAAUCCAUAAGGAUAUUAUUCUUGAAACCGAUGGUUUGGAAGUUAUUAAGAGGGUCUCAAGAUACAAUCACUUCGCUGCUUCUCCAUUUCCUUUUGACAUCUUAUCUCGCCUUAUCUCUGAUAACGGGAUUUGGAUAUCACAUGUGCUGCGAGAAGGAAAUCAGCCAGCAGACCGCUUAGCGAAGGAAGACAGGAGCAAGCUUCAGAGUUUAAUUGAAUAUCCUUAUCUUUAUUCUUGUUCUAAUGAGCUAUGCCCGAUGCGAUGGAUUCCAAAGGAAACGAACCCUUCGGCGCUUUCCGAAGUUCCCCUUUCAUCAAAGAACGUGAAGAUGGCCCCUUAAUCACCCCCUCUCUAAGGAAAAGCACGACCGGUAUGUCUACAGUGGCUCGAGAUUAAGCUUCAUUGAAUCUGCAGAAUGUUCAACAACAUCCACCCGAAACAUUAGUUUCAAAUUCCAGACUUUUAAUAAGGUAUUUGAGCUCUUUUAUUCCUUCUACAAUCACAACUUCUGCAUUUCUGAUUUCGGAGCUAGAAGAUAUCACAUUUGGUUUGAUUUGGACACGGUUAAUUGGAUCCUGGGUUCCCUUCCUCUUUUCUCAAAGCUUAAUUGUAGGGCAGUGUCCAAGGUUGAGGACAAUAGAACCAUAAACCUUUUCCUUGGGUCAAAUAAAUGGGGAUAUUUUGUGAAAAUCCAAGAGAUUAGAAGAGAAGGCAGUACAUUCCUUAUUAUCCCUUUUGACUCUACCUCUGAUGGCCCAAAACUUUUCACAAAGGCCCUCACCAUUUUCACCAAGAGAGCUUUCAAUCUUGAGGUAAGGUUUAAGGAGCCUCAGGAUUCACAGCUUCACUCUCCCAUUGGUAAUGUUGUUUCACCCAUACCUGCAAAUACAGGGCAGACUAUAAAUAUACAACAAAGUGGAGAUGUCACAAGUUCAGAGGUCUUAGUUGGUAAACCCACCUCCGCUGAUUCUAACAAGCUACUAGUUAUUUUCCAGUCUAAAGCAGCCCCUAAUUACAGCAUACCCACAGCCGAAGUGUUCCCACCCCUUCCUCGGAUAAUUCUUAGCCCUUAUGCUCCUGCCUUUGUGCCUGCUUUAUGCUCUUAUGCUGCACUUUUCACUCAGAAACAAGGAACCGAAGCUGAAACAGAACCGAAAGAAGACCCCUUUUCAAAUCUCAAUGGUCAAAAUUUGUUACUAUCCCUCAAUGCAGUGGAAGAUCACCCUAAGGAAAGGGAAGGACCCAUUCUUUAUACCCACUCCGAUGGGGAGGAUUUUGUAUUCAUUGAUACAAAGCUCAAACCUUUGCAAAUUGACUUUUCUAGAUGCUCAAAACACCCUCUCCAUCUUCGUAAGGAACUAAAGGGCAGGAAGACGUACUCACCAUCACAAAUUGUUACGAGGAGUAAGGCUAAAAUCCUUGAGCAAGGAAGGAAAUUUAAUCCUAUCGGCUGGAUAGAAGACGAAGACUUGUUAGAUCCCCAGGAAUCACAUGAAGACGAGGUUAUCAAAUUCUUCAAACUUUGCUGUCCUCACAAGAUCGAAGAUUCUAAACUGAUUAGCAAACCUCUAACCAAAACUCAAAAAAAGAAAUUGAAGAAGAAAAAGAAGCAGUCUCAACUUUCUGACUACGGAUUUGAGGAAGAUAUUGAAUAUGCUUAUUGAUCUGCAGUUUAAGGGUCUGUACUAUGCCAUUUUGCUUUCUUAGUGUAGAACUGGCAGGCCAUCCUUAAAAGAGUCAUGGGUUAACAAUGUGUCUUGGCACCAAGGAAACCUACUAUCAUUUGAUUCUUGGAAAGAAGCUCCAAUUGGAGUAGAUUCUGUUAUAUAGUGUGUUCGCAGCUUUGGCUCUAAUUCACACAUGUUUAAGAUCAAUGGAACAGCCAACAUAAAUGCUCUAAGAGCUGCUGCUGAAGGAGUUAAAAGAUUUGUAUACAUUUCGGCUGCUGAUUUUUGCUUUGUGAUUUACCUAUUACAAGGUUAUAUAUUAUGAGUAAAAGAGUGCUGCUGUAACUGAAUUUUUGACCCGAUAUACCUAUGGAGAAUUGAUUUUGAGACCUGGACUCAUCUAUGGAACUCGUCGUGUCGGGAGCAUGAAAUUGCCCCUUGGUGUAGCUGGAUCUCCUAUUGAGCCUCCCUGGUGUGCUAGCACAGGUGUGUUAGGAAGCUCCCUCUGAUUGGACGGAAGUACAAGGUACUGUUAAUAAGCUGGGACAUUGCACAUGAUGCUGGAAGUUGUUUUGAGGAUAAGGGACCUCCGCCGGAUUUUGGUAAAAGACUAAGCUGCUGUUUGCUCUAGUUUAGAUUCAUGCUUUUGGAUUUACACCUUUUGACUUUUUGUGAAUGUUUUCUUUCCCUUUGAUUUCGGCUUUUGUGUUGGAGCUGGCCACUCCUUUGCAUCU